AAAUAUAUAUUUUAAAAAAUUAAACUCAUAUAUUAGUAAGACGAAAGAACAUACUUCUAAAAAAAUUAGUCUUUAUAUAGUAACAAAGUAAAAAUUAAAAAUGGGUCGUCGCGAAACAAUAAAUAUAAAUUUCGAAAUACGUCAAGAUAGUAUUGAUAAAAGUAUCAAGUCAUUAAUGCGAUUUGUAGAUUCAGUAAAAUCUGAAAUAGAUAAAUUUCGUAAAGAAUUUGAAAACGUCUAUAAUGAAUAUUUAACAUCAGUUGAAAAAAAUCAAAUGAAAUUAUCGAUUUCAUAUUCGUCAUUCCGUAAAGCCGACGGUAUUUACAGCAAAAUAAUCUCGGCGUUAAAGAAAUUCAUCGCAUUACUUAUGACAGACUAUGCAGACAUACUAUUAGUAGCAAAUAAGCUAACAACAGCAAAUAAAAAAUUCUUUAAAAUACAACAACAAAUAAUUGAUAACAAAAGAAACGAUUUAUCGCAAUUAGAACAAUCAAUCAAGAACAUGAAAAACAUAAUAAAAAAUUUCAAUGAAUUAGCUAAUGAAUACCAUAGCAAAAUGAUGGUUUUCCAAUCAUUGCAGCGUAACUUACAAGAUCGAAUGAUUGUCUAUACGUCAUUUAAUGGUAAUCAAUUCCGGCUUUUAAUUAAAAGCGAACUCGAAGAAUUUCGUGAUCUUCUUGAAUUAGAUGAUUCAUCAUCAUUGCGCGGUAAAAUAAACAGCCUGUUUAUCACUAAAUCUGCCCGUCAACUCAAGUCAAUUGGUGACGAAAAUUUGCUGCAUCCAAUAAAAUCUCUGAAAAUAAUCGAUUCAACUGAAAACGAUAAUACGGAGGACCAACAAUCUACUGGACCACCACGACAAGUUGAUUCGCGUGAUUCGAAGCGUAAACGUCCAAGCGAUGACGACCCACCGGCAUUGAAAAAAUUAAAAAUGACAAAAUUAUUUACAUCGAUUAUGUCAAUCACAGCAGAUAAUUUAAAGUCACAGAAUGUUAUCAAUUUCGAUUACUUCUCAAACGAUGAGAUUAAUAACUCAUUGGCAAAAGGAAAAGAACUUUGGCGAAAUUGGGUGGAUAUAAGUUUCAAUGAUUUUGUCAAUCGUGAAGGUUUCAAUGACUUUAUUGAUUAUUAUUCGUAUUUACUGCCAAUCACGAAUAAUUCAUCAGACAAAAUUCAAGUGAUCAAUAAAAUAUUUUAUGAUGUGAUUGAAAUGGAAAGGAAAUUCGUGGAAAGUAGAAAUGAUGUCGAAUUAUUAGAUAUUUUGAAUUUGGAACCCACUGAUCCUGAAGAAAUUGAAGAACAAUAUAAAUAUUUACGAAAAAAAGUUAUUAUUCAUGAAUUGAAUUACUAUUACAUAUAUUAUCUUAUCGGUAAUUUAUAUGACGAGCGUGUUAUAAAGGAUGGAGUACAUAAAAUUGACGAAAUAGAGUCAUUGAAAUCAGAAAUAUGCGAAUAUAAAAUAGUUAGUUUUAUGGAAGGACAAUUACUGAGAAAAAUAGAAAAAGCUUUAACUGAAAAUAUACUUUUUAAAAGUAAUGAACAUGAAUCUUUGAGAUAUAAACAUAAAGACCAUCUUAAUAAAGUACACAGUAGUAUAGUUAAUACAAAAAUUGAUAUUUCAAUGAUAUUAUUUGACAUACGUAAAAAUAUUGUUUCUCCUAAUGAGAGACAAAUUUGGAAACUCCGACGGGUUUUUAAAAAGAAAGAGUUGGAUAGGCUGAUAGAACUUGAAGUUAAUCUACGUACUGCAUACUAUUCGAGAUAUUUAGAGAAGAAUAGUUAAAAAAAAUUUUUAUUAGUAUGAGAACAUUCAACAUUUGGUAAUUUAUCAGCAGAUGAAAAGAAUAAAACAUGAGAAAAUUAUUGGAAAAAUUUGUAAUUA